AUGGACCCGCCGCGUACCAUCAUCAUCGGCAUCAGCGGGUGCUCGUCGAGCGGCAAGACCACCCUCGCGAGGCUGCUGCGCGAUAUGUUCCCCGAGACCUUCAUUCUCCAUGAGGAUGACUUUUACAAGCCUGAGUCGGAACUCCCCAUCAAAAACGGGCUUGUUGACUGGGACUGUCCCGAAGCAAUUUCCAUCCCCGACCUUGAAGACGCCCUCGCCCACAUUCGCGCCACGGGCACAUUACCAGUUAGUAACUCUGUGCCCAUCGCCUCUCCCAUCUUGAGCCUCUCCCACCGCAGCAACCACGGCUGUGUCCCCCACCCCGCCACUUGCCCCCCAUCACCACCACUUUUUAUUCCACUUCUCCCUUCCACACCAUCACCACCACUCCCGGAAUCACCACUAUCGUCGCCGUCGCCCUCAACAAGCUCAAAUCCGCUCACCAACCCCCCAACCCCACGGGGCCUCCCCCCACCACAGCCAACCGUCGACUCCAAAGAAGACCUCAACUCGGUCGGCCCCUGCCCAGCAACCCCAUCCCACAUCGCCGCCUGCGCCGCCCUCGUCCAAAACUGGCUCUCCCCAGGCCAACCAGGCUCCUUGAUAUUUCCCCUUUCCCCCGCGCCGCGACAACAACAACAACAACAAACUCAAACCUCCUCCUCCUCCUCACCACCCCCACCACCACCACCCCCACCCAACGCGAAACCCAAAAUCCGCAUCUGCCUACUCGACGGCUUCCUCCUGUACGCGCCGCCGCACUUUUCCCGCGUCAUGUCCCUCCUCGACGUCAAGCUCUUCCUGCGCGUGAGCAAGACCAAGGCGCUGCAGCGGCGGGAGGCGCGCGACGGCUACGUCACGCUCGAAGGGUUCUGGAAGGACCCGCCGGGCUAUGUCGAGCAGAUUGUGUGGCCCAACCAUGUCGAGGCGCAUCGGUGGAUGUUUCAUCAGGGCGGAAAGGUGGACGGCGGGGAGGAGGGUGGCGGCGGGGAGCUGGAUUGGGAGGCUGUGCGGAGAGCAGGGAUUUCGGUCAUGGAUGGCGCGGAGGAUCGGGAGUUUGGGGAGGUGUUGGAGUGGGCUGUGCGAGUUGUUAUGGAGGAGGUGGAGAGGAUUGUGUUGGGGUAA